GCUGAUGUCGCUGCUAGCAAUGCCGAUGUUGCUCUUGACGAUAGCAGUCUUAGUCUCGGCGUCACUAUCAAAAGUGUCAGUGUCGACGCUGUCAACCAUACCGUUGAUCAGGCCAGUAUGAAUGGUCAACCGAUGUCUGGACCUAUGCUUGAACCAUUCGUAUCCUCUUCAAACCGCCUGCCUCCCCCAUAUUCUGCCACCGGAAUAGUCGAGCCCCGUCCUCGCCGUGCUCGGCCAGUGUCUGUAUCCCCUUCGGUGUCCAUGGCUAGUGUCACUUCCGAGAAGCCAAUUGUCAUCGACAACAUGGCCCGCCACACACUAAAGCUGCUUGAAGAAGGUCGCUUCAGCGACUGCGAUCUCCUCCUGCGCUCGUCCACGCGUGCCUUCAAGCCCGUCCUAAUCCCCGUGCACAAGGUCACCAUGGCCAGCAGUGCAGCCAUGAACAGCCUGUUCACCAUGCGGCCUGCCAUGACGGCCAUCACCGUGCUCCCCGGACCCGAGUUUCGCAUGCUCAAGGCGUUCGAGGUUGCCAUACAGACCCUAUACGGUCUGCCGGUGCUGACGAACGAGCUCCUUCUCCCCCGCGGAACCAUGGCCACCCUGGACCAGCACAGACCUGCCAUCUGCCCCCCCUACGACCCUGCCACGGAGAAACUGGCCGCGGUCGAGUUCGCGCUGUGCUACGCAGCCUCUGGCGCCUUCUUUGCCCGACGCGACAUGAUCGAGGCCGGGGUCACCGCCGCUCUGGCCCGGCUGGACUGGCACACCGUCGAAAUGAUCCUCGGCUUCGGCCUCGCGGUCGACAAGUGGAUGAUCCACGGGCGAGCCGAGAUGCACCCCAAUCCGGGCUGCUCUUGCUCCUGUUCCUGUUCCUGCUCCUGCUCCUCUUCUCCCUCUUCCCCCCUUGUUUUCCCCGGGUUGACCCUCGACGAAGAGCUGCGCGAGUUCUGGGCCCCGAAGCUCGUGGACGCCUCCCUCGAAUUCAUCGCAUGGAAGGCAUCGCCCUCGUUCGAGCUGUCCACCGCAGCGCAGGUGACCACCAUGCCAGACCGGAUCAUAAGCGCCGAGAAUUUCAUUCUUCAUUCUUCUUCGGAUUCCAUAUUUGGGUUUGAGGUUACUACUUCUUCAUCUUUCUCAGCCAUGCAUUAUCUCCCCUCGAGCCUCCGCAACGCUGCACCCCGCCAGCCAGGCCAUGUUCUCUCCGCCAUCCUGCUCGCUCUACCCUUUGACACGCUCCAGACCUUGUUGGCGCGCAUCCCAGCUCGAGCCCAACGGUGCUGGUACGAGAAUGGCGUGUGUGCGGGUCUCGUCGUCGAACGGGAGCAGCGCCGUGUUGCAACCAUUCGGAAAUGGAAGCACCGUCAGUCCAUCCUGGAAGAUGGUGGGACUCUUGUUCUUGUUCCGCGGGAUCUCGGGUUCCAGGAGACUCUGCUUAUCAGACAUUUGGAUGGUUUGGGCCCUGUCUAUCCCCUUUUCGAGUUUGUGCUUCGUAAAUUGUGGGUGGGGGUGACCUGUCUUUUUGACCUUUAAGCCGAAACUG